ACCAGCCGCAAAGUACGCACGAAUGGUUCAUGAAUUAUCGAUUAUUGGUUAAUUUAUUCAUACCCCCGAGAAAACGACGACGACGACGACGACGACGCCGCACUGGCCACCGCUGUCGGUCGAUUCGGACUUGGUCGGCCACAACACGCGAGCCGCUGCUACAUUAUAUGUCGUGCUAUAGUAGACCGAGGACCGCAUCUCGGCGGUCGUCGUCGAGCUAUGCCAUUAUUCGCAUGACUCCAUCAAAGAGCUGCGGAUUCAUCGUGCAUUUCCAUGUCGGACGUCGAGGCGGAAGCGGCCGAGAAACGGCUGAAAAUUGUGCUCGUGGGUGACUCCGGCGCCGGCAAAACCAGCAUUGUCCAGAAGUUUUGCAACAAUGAUUUUACCAGACAAUACGUACCUACCGCAGGCAUUGACUUCUUCCUCAAAAACAUCACUAUCGGUUGUUACAAGAAUGUCAAUCUACAUUUAUGGGACGUCGGUGGACUCGCUCUGCAUGGCAAUAUGUUGGACAAAUAUGUUUUCGGAGCACAUAUUAUUCUUCUGGUGUACGAUGUCACGAACAGCUCGAGUUUCGAUAUCUUGGAAGAGUGGCUGAAUCAAAUAAAGAAUUUUAUUGAUACUUAUGACGAACCGCCUCUAAUAGCGGUAGUAGGUAAUAAAUGCGAUAUGGAGCAUCAAAGAACAGUUAAGAGAGAUAAAUCGCAUCGAUUUGCCGCGGAAAACGGAUUUCCAUAUCACGAUAUGUCUGCGAGAACCGGAGAAUCGGUAUCUUUAUGCAUAGCAAAUUUGGCAGCGCAGAUUUUGGGUGUCCGAUUGACAAGAACGGAUCAAGAUUUCCAUAAACCUAUAAUUAUUGCUGAAAUUGGAGAUACAGUAGACGUGAAUUCAAUACACAGAGUGGUGAAAAGAAUUCCCAAUAGAAAACAUCCAAUUGUAUUCAAUCCACGUUUUCCUAUCUCAAAAUCCGCAGUAUGUGCAUUACAAUGAUGAUCAUCAAAUAUCUUUAGAGAAUAUUCUUUCUGGCCGAAUAUAAAAUACACAUGAAUUUAGUUAAACGCAAGAGUUAACAAAAACUGUACAUAUUACGCGAUUGUAUAGUAUAGUACAUUGUAAUUACAAUAGGCAAGUAUAAUUUAUACAUAUACUAUAGAACACCAUAUACAUUUCAUACGUGAUGUCUCAGACAAUAUUUGCGAUUUAACAUUAUACAUGAUACAUAAAUUCUAUCUACUUAUACAAUCGUAAUAGAAAAUAAUACAUAAGAAUAUCGCAUUUUUUACGAUUGUUUCACUUGUGUAAAUGUAUCGAAUGACAUAUUUGUUUAUUGCACUUUUUAUUUAUUAUGU